AUGAGUGCGGUGUUGGAGCCAGAACCAACCGAUCUUCAAGCGCAAGACCGGCCGACAUACGAUCCGAUUUGUUUGAACUGCCAUGUAACAAAGAAGGAGAAUGAACUCUCGCAACUAUCACCAUGCACUGUUUACCUCGGUGAAGACAUCUGGAUAUACACACAUCAACAGGGCAUGAAAGGAACAGCACAAACC